ACUAACAGCUCUGUUUGAGGUCAUUUCUUUGAUUCCUGUGAAAGGGUGACACACCCGCCCACUUCUAGGGAACUGGCAGGAGCCAGCCUCAAAGGACAGGAGGGGAUUUAGGGUCCAGGAGGAGCUCAAAGACAACAAGUGUGGGCUGAGCAAGCUGAACACAGCCACUGUCAGCAGGCAGCCAGCAGGGGCACAGCGACUGGGUAGUGAACCCUGUCACCCUUUGCAGGGGCCUCCCGGAGCACCCACGGAAGCCAGCCAGGAUGCUCUCCAUAUUCAAUAUCUGGGGCACGUUCAACAGAGUGCUCUUCUUCCUCAGCCUCACAGUCAGCCUUGCAGGGCUGGCGGGCAACACGCUGCUGCUCUGGCACCUCGGUCUGCGCAUCAAGAAGGGCCCCUUCAACACCUACCUGCUGCACCUGGCCGCUGCUGAUUUCCUCUUCUUCUCCUGCCAAGUUGGCUUCUCUAUUGCCAAGAUCGCGUCGGGCUAUGAGGACACACUCUACUUCCCGGUCACCUUCCUCUGGUUUGCUGUAGGGCUCUGGCUGCUGGCUGCCUUCAGUGUGGACUGCUGCCUCUCCUACAUGUUCCCCUCCUUUUGUGGCCCCAACUGCCGCCCCAGGUACACUUCAUUUGUCCUCUGCCUCGUGAUCUGGGCCCUGACCAUGCUGGCGGUGCUGCUGCCAGCCAAUGCCUGUGGCCUGCUGUACAAUAGAAUGAGUCUGCUGGUUUGCCUCAAGUACCACUGGGUCAGCGUUGUCUGGCUAGGGGUGCUUGCUAGCACGGCGUGUGGUGCAAGCAUGUUUCUCUUAGUCUUUGGGAACUGCUGUUCUUCACAGCCACCCUCCAAAUUCUGCAAGUUGGCCCAGUGCUCCGGGAUCCUUCUGUUCUUCUGUCGCCUGCCCCUGGUUUUCUACUGGUGCCUGCGGCCAGUCAUAAAAUUCUUGCUUCCCUUUUUCUUCCCACUGGCCACCCUCCUGGCCUGCAUUGACAGCAGUGCAAAGCCCCUCUUGUACUACCUGAAGGGCAGGCAGCUCAGGAAGGAGCCACUGCAGGUAGCCCUAAACAGGGCUUUAGGGGAAGAGUCUCAGUCAAGUAGUGGGGGGAUAUCCCUCCCCAUGAGCCGAGUGUAAAGAGUGACUCAUACACCCACCUGCCCUGCCCUCGUAGCUGCCAGGGGAUCCCAGUCUUGCUCAAACCCCUGCCAUGGUCCAGCUCUGGUCCUCGGGACUUUGUGGCUUCCUCUUGUAAGCAGGGGAGAAGGUGUCAGGAACCAUAACAGGACAAGCUAAUAACUAGCAGGUGAUCAUCCUGAGAUGCCCAGUCUCGGAUUAUUAUAUAAUCUGCGACUGGUUCGCCCUUAUUAAGCAAGGCUGUAAGGGAUUCAUUUUGGGAAAGAUUCCUGCUAUUAAAAUGCUUUUCCUCUUGUUAUUAUUAGACAUAUAUCACAAUCAUUGAGUAAUAGCACAUCCCUUUAGAGCAGAUCUCUGCAGAUGUACGAAGAUGUACUGUCUCUUAGUGAUGCUAUAUAGACAAAUAGAUGACUUCUUAAGUCUUACUAUGAUCCUAUAAAAAUUCCUAAAAUUAUAAUGUGAUUGUUAAGCUCUUUUAUAGUGGGACCACUAUUAAGUCUUUCUCUGACAAUUAAAACUGCAGUGAGAACUCUGCCAGUCUUCCAGUCUGGUGUCACUAGUUAAUUGCUCUUAGAUAGUAACCAGAUUUUCUCCCACCUCAGAGCCCAUUCCAAGAGGUUGUAAUACAGUUAUCAAGGUCAUAAAAAGAGAACAAAUGAUUUAUUACAGGUUCAAGGACAAAGGAUAAAACAUUGACUGGGUCUAUCUAUACAAACUUCACUAACAACUUAGGUAUGGUUUUAGACCUUCAGUGAACCUGUAGAGCUGACACUGGUGAUGAAUGGUUAGCCAGAUAAUUACUCCUGAUGGAUAUUCAUGUAAACAUUCUCGGUUGUAAACUUCUAUUUCAAUUUAUGUUUGAUCUUUCAUAUGAACUUGUGAUGAACUUUGUAACAUGUGAUUAUGGAUUUGGAAAGAUGUUUAAGUGCUGAGGACAAAGAGAAGAUACACAGAAGGACUGAGCUGGAGAGGGACUGAACUGAAGAGUCAGGUUUGGGCUAAAGAGAACUGAGCUAAGUAGAACUGAGCUAAAAAGAUCUGGACUGAGAAGAAAUGAAGAGAGGAAUAACUUAGAAACUAUAAGUAACAUAAAAGAGCAAUGUGCAGAAUGCAGAAGAAAAGAGGAAAAAAGAAGAAGCUGGAGAGAACAGAAGGUGCAGGCAGGUUUCUCCUUACCUGGGACAGACUGGUCAUUUCUUAAUAGCAAGGCAGGCUUAGUCUUAUUAAAAGCCUUUUCUCUUACAAACUUGGGUUUAAUUCACUUAGCAUUGAAAGGGUAGAAGCGAUUUCUUUCUCUAUGUAAUAAAGAUUGGAGCUCAUCUUUCA